GUGGACGCAGCCGGAGUGCCGUUCGCUGACGCAGCCUUUGGCGAGGUGGUCAGCAGCCGGCGCUCUGGCGGGUCAGUCGUCCGGCGUCCACCGACGCUGACUUCACCUGCCUCCCUCCUCAGGCCCGGCCAGACGGCGACGUCAUGCCGCGCACGGAGGUCCCCGUCGCCAGCCUGGCGACCGCGGUGGCUCUCGCCUCUUUGGCGGUGCUCGCUGCCGCGUCGCCGACGAUGUCCUCCAACAGCCUGCCGCUGAGCUACGUCCUGGCGGACACGGCGUUCCUCGCGGACGAAGUGAGCGCCAUCAGCGACGCGGGCGAAGACUGGUCAUGGCGCGUCUCCGAGUACCUGUCGCUCGUCCAGCGGACGCACGGCAUGAACUCGCUGCCCCUCACGUCCGGGAGUGCGGACGAGGACGCCGACGAUGCUCCGCGAGCGGUCGCGGGCCGUGGCAAGCGGCACCUGCCCACCGACCGUCUGUCAGCGCUCACCAAGGACCCGCAAGGUGUUUACCUACUCAGGACGCCGCUAGUGGAACGCUUCACGAUCCCCGCCAAGUUCCCCAACGACUUGGUGCUCUUUCCGCGCGUGGAGGCCGGCGUCAAAGCUUGGUAUGCCGCUGCACUCGAGGCGGACGGCGAGCACCCGCAGACUUCUUUGGCGAACGCCCUGGUCUUGUACAAGUUGAUGGGCAAUCGGUUCCUGUAUCAAACGCGCGUCCCCGCGUUCGGGGCGUCGGCCCUGGCGGUGCAGGAGAUCGAGGGCUGGGUGUACUUGGUGGCGUCCGAGAGGAUGGCGCAGCACCGCGACAAGCCACAGGGCGGGUCCAUCCUGUACCGUUUGUCUCUCAAUGGCCGGACUCUCGUGGCCGUCGAAACACUCGAGACCACCUUCCCCAGCGACUUGGCCUUCUGGGAGUAUUCGGGCGCGCACUACCUUGCUGUGACCACUGAGUUCACCAACGCGUCGGGCGUCUUCUCGUUUUCGGCCGACACGCUUGUGUACAAAUGGUACGGGGAGCACCUUGAUAUCAUACAACGCCUGCCCACCAGCGGGGCCAAGGCCGUGACCGCCUUCACCAUCGGCUCCAACCAGUACCUGGCUGUCGUCAACCACAUCAAUGACCAGUACGAGACAAACAUCGACUCCACAAUCUAUCGCUUCGACAUGGUGAGGGGGCAGUUCGUGGUGCACCAGCGGCUCCGCACUCACGCCGCUGUGGAUGUCGCCUUCUUCACAAUGAAUCGCACCCGGGGUCAGGACUACUUCCUCGUCAUCGCCAACGCAUUUUAUGAAGGACCCGACAAAGUCCGGAACUUGGAUACCAACUCGGUGCUGUACAAGUGGUCGGAGGGCUUCUUCGUGCCCUUCCAGAGCUUCCGGCUGACGGGGGCCUCGCUGUGGACACCCUUCCAGGGCCCCCGGGGCGAGACGGUCCUGCUGGGAGCUGACGCGCACGGGAUCCUGGCGUACCAGUACGACGGCUGGAGGUUCCAGCAGCAACGAGUAGCGACUGGUCCGGUCACCUCACUACGCGCCGUCGUCUUCGAGUCGGAAAUGCUCGCCGUGGUUGCGAGCAAGCAGCACGACGGAGCGCAGGUGAACGUGUACUCUCUGCGGUUCGAGCUGAGCGCGCCACUCGACGAACUGUACCUCGAGCUCCACCGCUGGUGUGAAGGGGAGAUGGUGAAGCUCGACGGUUACUCCGUGGACACGCUGAUGCAGAGGGUGCGGAGCGCGCCCAAGUGGGACAGCCCCGUGGUGGAGAUCAACUCUGUCACCUUCGAGUCGGACAGCACCAUCAAGGUUGUGACCGUCAACGCGACGCAAGUAAUCGACCCCGCGUAUGUGAAAGAGGCGAACGACCUCGCGACUGACCUGUACCAUAGGACCAAGGAACUUGAACAGGCAGAUGACACCAUAAGGCGCGCGCUCAAGAAGAACGAAAACAACUUUGUCGACGCUCAAGUUUUUCUGGAUAACGCCACCGUGAUGUGCCCGUCGGGAGGCUGCAGAUUCGGACAGGCCAGCGUGCGACUACUCAACGGCGAGGACGCCGAGGACCUGGUGCACAGGGCGGUCCGGACCGACCAGGAUCUGCACCUGACUACCCUUCACCUCGCCAGCGCGAUCGUCCCCGGCGGCCUCGUCAGCAAGCGUGUGCUGGGCGAGGAGGCGCCACUGGUAAACCUGGUCGACACGAAGACGAUCAUGGGCAUCCUAGAUGUGGAUGAGCUGGUGAUCCGGAGGGCGCUGAACGUGAGCGGUAGCAUCGACGGCGUGCGCUUCAACCCCGACAACGUCGUCAUCAAGGACGGCGAUCAAAGACUAUCGGGCAUCGCCAGUACGCAGUGGCAGGUGAACAAGCUGAUCCUUCACGGGCACGUCAAUGGCAUGCGCUUGGACGUAUCGCAGCCUACUCCACCCCAUGCCGACGUAGAGGCCGGCGACAGCUUCCUGCAGGCGCUGGCUGUCAAUGACAUCCAUGUGGCAGGCCUUUUUGGGGACGUGGACAUCAGGAGAGUGAGUCAGCACGCGUUGCGCACCCGUGGAGACCAGGUGCUCACAGGUGAACAUUCCUUUGAGCGACUCAAGGUGAAGUCAGCUCGCACGGCUGCUGGGUCCCGCAUCGAAGACGUAGCUCGCAUCGACAAGGACUUGGAGGCAGUCUCCGGGUCUUUGCAGUUCACGCGGCCCAUCGAGGCGGACACGAUGCAGGUGUACAACCGGCUUGUGGGCGUCGACGUGGCAAAGGACGGCUCCCUGGACUUGCUGCUGACGAACGGCCCGGGUGGCAGCGCGCAGAGCGUCACGGGCUCCAAGAAGUUGCAGAGGAUGACCGUCACGGAAGAAGGGCGCAUCCACGGCCGUGUCCUCGGGCUCGUCCUGCCCGCCGAGGAGGAGGACCUGGUUACUGUCAUCCAGGAGGAUAGGGUUAUCACAGGCGACGUGACGAUUACUGGUCGAUCUGACAUACUUGGUGGCAAUGUGUAUGCGACGGACGUGGUGGACCCUGGGUCGGGAUUGACUCUCUUAAACGUGUUGAGGGACGCCGUGCAUCUAGACAGUCCGCUCCCACCCAACGUGGUUAUCAAGGAUCUGGAGGUGAAGUCCAACUUGGAAGUGAAGAACCUGAACGGCGUGCCAACCUCGACCUGGAUAGAGGACCGCCCGGACAUCGAGGUGCACCUCUCCCAGCCAGUCUCGUUCCACGGCGGCCUUACGGUGACCGACAAGACCGUGCUGAACGGUGAAGUGAACGGCGUGAACCUGGUCGACUUGGCGGUGACGUCGCUGCGGACCACGGGUGACCAAGUGAUUCACGGCUUGAAGAAAUUCCCGUUCGUGAAGACGACCGCGGCGUGGAGCAACCAGACCAUGUUGGGUGGGUUGUCGUGGCAGGACGUCUGGGCGCAGCGCGCGCAGAAGGCACCUCGCGACGGAAUCGUCCGGAUCGACAAGGACGUGGUGGUGGAAGGCGCGCUUUCGGUCAAGAAAUUGGCUGUUGAUGGCACCUUGGGCGGCGUCAACAUCGGCACCGUUUUGAAGGAUUCCGUCUUUGAAGAUAGCAGGGAGGUGACCGUCAUCGACGGGCCCAAGACCUUCGCUCAGACCGUGCACGCAGACAGUCUCCACGUAGACCCAGCUACGACGGGAGGAAACCUACCAGGCAUCGUGCCACGGCCGAAGCACCCCGAGGAGACCGAGAAGGUUUUCGAGUUCCCUAGCGGCAUCACCCUUAACCAGCCCCUUUCCGUUGCUCAUCUUACUUUCAUUGGUACGCUGGACCGGAUGACUGACGCGGAGUGGUCGGCACCUUGGCUGGAGCUCGACGGCGACCAGACUCUAUGGGGACCGCAGACCAUCCACGGCAAUGUGUUGGCCAGCGCUGGCGUCCGCGCCGGCAAGGUCAACAACGUGGACAUCUCGCGCCUUGCCGAAAGUGUUGCUCGCAUUGAUGACCCCAAUCUAGUCCUGGGCUCCGUCUCGUUCGAGGGCGGUUUGGUCGCUCGCGGCCCCGUCACGGCCGGUGCGGUGGACGGGGUGGACCUGGCCGACGCGCUGCUUGCUCGCGGGGCGCUCAGUCAGGAGGUGCGGAGCCGUUUGGUGUUCGCCGGUGGCCUCGAGGCGCAGGGCCUCUCCUUGGAGGGCACGCUGUCGGGGGAGAAAUUCAAGGACCUCUGUGCGUUCGCCAACCCGCCGCCCACGAGCGUCAACCAGCAGCAACAUCUCGCCGUGGAGGGCGACCUGCUGAUGGACCAGGAGCCCUUGGUGCAGCACGACAUCAACGGCCUGAGUAUGAAGAAGCUGAUGGAAAACGCCUGGCUGCGGGACAAGCCUGCGCGCAUCAUGGCCGAGAUGGAGUUUGGCGACUUGCACUUCCAAUCGGCAGUCAGCGUCAAGGAACGCAUCGACGGGGUCAACUUGGAUGCGGUCGCGGAGCGCUACUUGAGCCUGACCAAAGACGGCACCGUCACGACCAAGCUGAACGUGGACGGCGGCGUGGUGGUGGACGGGAAGCUCACCUCCUCGCCCACCGCCCCCGUGGAGGUCGGUGGUCUGCUGGAAGUGGGUUACGGCGACGACAAGCUCGUCAUCAACCUCGGCGAAUUCACCAACGCCGUCCUGCUGGACGGCCCGGACCAGGACAUUACAGCCCACAUGCAGUUCGGCGUCGUCACGGCCUCGGGUAACUUGGAGCUCAACGGCACCGUCAGCGGCCUGAACCUCGACAAGGACGUCGUUCUCAACAAGGAGCUCCAAGAGGCCAUGGACCACAACAAGAUUACGGGAGCCAAGAGUGUGCGCGGCCUGCGUGUGACCGACCUCGGACUGCAGCAGGGCGUGCGCGUGCAGGGCGUGGAUUUGAACGCUUGGAAGAGCGGUGCCGUGUGCGUCACGGGCGACUACACGAUCGAGGGGGCAAAGACGCUGCUUCAUCCCCAUGUGGCCGGCGACAUGAUUGUCAACGGCCUUGUUGCCGGCGUGCGCGUCGACGCGCAGCACCUGUUGCUUCGUCACUCCGACCAGCUCAUCCAGGGCGCCAAGACUUUCCGACCCGCACCGCUGCAGGGGCUCGGGCUGCGCGUCAAGCAGCUCGGCGUCGUCGGCCGAGUGAACGACGUGGACAUGACCGAGCUGCUCAACAACCAGGCGUACAAGACGUCGGACGUGGACAUCGUCACCCCGCUGGUGAUCGACCGCCCACUGCGCGCCCAGAGCGUCCAGCUGGACCGUCUCUUCCAGGGCGUCAACGUGUCUGGGCUCAUCGAAGAGGCUCUCAACCCGCCAGGCCUGAACCUGUACACCGAGAAGCACGACGCCCUGCUGCGCACCGCCGAGCACGUCCAGCGCAGCCUCAAAGCCCAGGGCUACUACCUCAACUACUACCACGCUGCUGCCAUGUUCCGCUCCAACGUUCGCGCCAUUGUGCCCCUGGGCAAGGCUGCGGGUGCUCCAGGCGAGGUGGACGACGAGGCCUACGCCAUCGCCAUGGUGAAGGAGACUGUUCCGGGCGGCAAUCUGGAGGUGCACUUCUACAGCUGGAAAGCCGACGCUGGAAUGCUCGUCAACCACCCGACGCUGCACUACGUCUCGCUGCCGGCCACUGUCCGUCUGAUCGCACCCGCGCGCUACGCCGGCCACAACGCCAUGUACUGGGAGACGGACGAGCGCUCCGGGGUGCAUCACGGGUCGGUGAUCGGCCUGAUGCGCGACGGCCUUCUCGGGCACGCCAAGCUGCUGCAGGAUGCUCUCGCCAGCGCCUGGGUGUCCGUCACCAUGGUGGGCGACAUGUCUUGCCUCAUCCGCGGCUCCCCCGGGGUUGGCACGGCGACCGGGUUCUGUUCGGUGCAGUGUCUGGGCGCCGGUCGAGAUGACGUUGUGAAUCACGCUCUGCCAGUCUCCAGGCCGACACACGCCGCGUCGUUGACGGUCCGAGGCGUCCCGCAUGUCUUCGUCGCCUCCGGUGUGAGCGAGGAGUCAGAGGGCGCAGUCUACGUGUGGCGGUGGGAAGCCGACAAGUUCCAGCUUCUGCAGACUCUGGGCGUCGUCAACGCCACCGCCGUGGCCGCCGUGGAGCACCGCGGCGUCCAGUAUUUGGCCUCUGCCUCGGGUCACGUCCAGGACGCGCCCCACGAGGGCAUGGUGCACAUCAGCAGGUUCGACCACGACACCGGCCGCUGGACGCAUUGGGUGAGCGUCGCGGUAGAGGGCCCUCACGCGCUGCAGUUCGCCAAGCUCCCGAGCGACGAGCUGGCGCUGUACGUGUCCACGACCUGCCCCACGGACAGUCUCGUCGUGUUCCUGUACCGGGGCGUGUCCGGCUUCGUGCGCCGCACCUCUGCUGCGGUGCCUCUCCACGGCGUGCUGAGCGCGUUCACCACGGCCCAGCACCAGCAUGUCGUGGCUGUCAGCGGGGGAGCACGGGCCACCGAGACCGUGCUGCUGCAGGCCUCCUUCAAGGGCAGCUGGGAGGCGUCGGACAUCGCCUUCAGAGGCUCUGCCUUGGCCACCAGGCGCUGACUGUAAACUGGCUAACGUCAGGGCGGCAUCAGGAUCAAGACUGGUAUCCACUGGGGUUAUUUUAUCCCAUAAAGGAUAGUUUAAAGGUGUACGUAACGGAGAGGACAUGCCUGUUUAGUGAUGAAGAUGAGAUGUAAAGCUGUCUACAUGCUCCUAAGGGAAUAGCCUUAGUAAUCGUGGAGAGAUGCGAAAUGAAGAAAAGUUGUUAAGAAUGCCCUGUACUGUGAUCUUGUUAUUACUUUCGGAUUUUAUAACUGUUAUAUGCUUAAAUAAAUAAUAUUGAAAGUUUUUCCAAAA